AAAACCUAACCUAACAUCCAUUGUUCUCCUUGUCCCCUGUCCCUUCUCUGUAUUUUAAUUAUACUGUAUUUUUUAAACGUGAUAAUGACCAAGACACGAAGACGAUUGUGGUCAACUUUCAAAAAUAAUCUCAAGUCUCGUGGGAUCAGAAUGACGUUGUUUGGAUGUAUUUUGAGCACUGUGUUGAUUUUGUGUAUGUUAGUGGAGGCACAUUAUAACGUGAUAGCUAGAACAGAUGAGGAGGAGAAUUUGGUGUCGAUUUUAACAGAAACACCUAAAUACGAUCCAACUUGGUCUAGUCUAGACAGUCGACCGCUUCCACCCUGGUACGAUGAAGCAAAAUUUGGAAUAUUUAUUCACUGGGGUGUAUUCAGCGUGCCCAGCUUUGGCUCUGAAUGGUUUUGGAAUAAUUGGAAAGAAGAAAUUAACUCUACGAAGUACUCCGACUUUAUGAAACAAAGGUAUCCUCCGACUUUUACCUAUCAAGACUUUGCACGUGACUUCACUGCUGAAUUCUUCAAUGCUUCUGAAUGGGCUGAGUUAUUUCAAGCGUCAGGUGCAAAGUAUAUCGUAUUGACAAGCAAGCAUCAUGAAGGAUACACAUUGUGGCCGUCAACAUAUUCAUUCAGUUGGAAUUCCAUGGAUGUGGGACCUCAAAGGGACCUCGUUGGUGAACUGGCACAAGCAAUUCGUAACGAGACAAACAUAAAGUUUGGCUUAUACCAUUCCAUGUAUGAAUGGUACAAUCCUCUUUAUGUAACAGACAAAGUAAACAAUUUUACAACAGACAAAUUUGUUACUCAGAAAAUAAUACCAGAGUUACAGGAGUUGAUAGAAACGUACGAACCAGAAGUAGUUUGGUCAGAUGGGGAUUGGGAAGCGUCGGAUUCUUAUUGGAAAUCAAAGGAAUUUCUAGCAUGGUUAUACAAUGAAAGUCCUGUAAAAGACACAGUAGUCGUGAAUGAUAGAUGGGGUAGUGAUAUGCCGUGCCAUCACGGUGGUUUCUAUACGUGCACUGAUCGUUUUAAUCCUGGUGUACUCCUUCCACACAAAUGGGAAAACUGUAUGACUAUUGACAAAAAGUCCUGGGGAUACCGCAGAAAUGCUGCUUUAUCCGAAUACUAUACAUUGGCCGGAUUAGUGAAAGAGUUAGUGAUUACCGUGAGCUGUGGUGGAAAUUUACUGAUGAACGUCGGACCAACAAAAGAUGGCAUUAUCACGCCAAUAUAUGAAGAAAGAUUGCGUGGAAUGGGCGCUUGGCUAGCAGUUAAUGGCGAAGCUAUUUACGAUACUAAGCCCUGGACAGUACAAAAUGAUACUUUAACAGAAAGUGUUUGGUACACAUUAAGCAAAAAUGAAAAACAGUUAUAUGCCUCAAUUUUAGAAUGGCCAGAUGAUAAUAUCUUAUCGUUAGGCUCGCUUAAACUUUCAAACAAGUCUCAGAUAAAUCUACUUGGUUAUUCGUCAGUAAUUCCUUGGAAACAAUCCGAUGAGUUGAAAAUAAAUUUGCCUCUUGAUGCACACAAAGGACAGCCAGCUUGGGUAUUAAAGUUUGGUGAUUAAAUAAUGUACAUAUAUUUUACUAAGAAUAUAUUUUAUAUUGUAUAUAUUGUUUUCAAAAAUACAUACGAAAGAAAAUGACAUUUUAUAGAAAAUGACAUUUCCAUAGAAAUUUU